AUGGAUAAAGGAGCAAUCCCGUACCCUGCAAAGGUGAGAAGAAAGCCAAAACCCCACCGCGGGAAGCCAAACAAUCCUGAACAGUCACCUAAGGCUCUGCCUGUUACUGAGCCAACACCUUCUACAAAAUACCCAAAACCGACCUGUCAGGUAGAAGAUCCCAAGCAGUAUGAAAACACUGGCAUGCCAUCAGCGUCUGCCACAGUGAGUGAGAGGAUGGAACAACUCUCAGAAACAAGUGAAACUACAGGUCAGUUGGCACAGGUUGAGGAGGACAAUGAAGCUCAAGUUUCCACAGAAGAUACGCUAUCCCUGGGCAGCUGGGGUCAUUCGAGUCACACAUCAGAUGUGAGGGAUGAGGAGGAGCAGGCUGAAAACGCUUCACUGAAAGCACUUAACUCAGCUGAUGAGAUUCCAGGGGAAGCAGAGACUAAACAGAAGGACAAGAGUGUGAGGAGGAGAAUGGUGGGGUGGGUUAAUAAAAGAGUCAAAACCUACUACCAUACAAAAAUUGAUAGGACACAUGAGAGAGAAGAGAAGGAGGGAGACGACAACUUCUAUGCAUGGUAUCUAGAUGCACCCAUUUCCAGAGCAGAGAGGGAGAGGCAAAAGAGAGAGGAACUACUGAGAUCAGAGGAGAAACGGCAGCAGAAGGAAGAGUCCUGGAAAAAGUGGGAGGCUAAACGGGCUGAGAAAAAGCAGAAGGAGAGGGCUGAAAAGCAAGAAAAAUUGGAGAGGAAAAAGGCUAAAAAACAAGCAUACCAGCAGCAAAAGAAGGACAUAUACGAAAAUAUGCGACGACACGAACAAAAAUUGCAGCAAGAGGCUACUCCCAUCAUGUGGCAAGUGGCAGAGCAGUGCCAAGUCAAGUACUAUACCAGGCUGGAGGAGUUUGUCUGUGUUGUUUUAGAGGUGCUGCCAGAUCUCCUGAGUGCUAAGAAAAGGGCUGAACUACUUCUUGGUCUCAGAGCAAAGGUGGAAGAGAAGUGA